GCCCGAUAAGGACCAUGGCGUCAGCAGUCCAGUGGGUGACAUCAAACAGAACUAUCUGGAAACAUUUAUUUCCAGUCCAAAAUGGAGCUUUAUCUAGUGUCUGUCAUAAGUCUACAUAUUCUUCUCUUCCAGAGGACUACAACUGCAAGGUAGAGCUGGCUUUGACAGCCGAUGGCAGAACAAUAGUGUGCCACCACCCUUCUGUGGACAUCCCCUACGAACACACCAAGCCUAUCCCUCAACCUGAUAUUUUGCAUAAUAAUGAAGAAACACAGGAACAAUUGCUGAAAACCAAAUUAGGAAAAAGCAAACAACUUGAGCAAGGCCCCAUGAUAGAGCAGCUCAGCAAGGUGUUCUUCACCACAAAGCAUCGCUGGCACCCGCACGGACAGUAUCACAGGUGCCGUAAGAAAGUGGAUCCCCCCAAAGACAGGUGACAGCUCUCGAUGUUCCAAGCAUCGAGGCAAUUUUGUUUUUGUCUUAUUUGCCAGCUGAGAAAAUGCAAAUGGUGUAUUCAUUAAGAUGUUCU